UUACUUAAAUAAGAACGACAGUAUAAAAGUUUGGACAUGCGUAAUUUGUUUGAUUUUCACAAACGCUGGUCAUUUUGGCUCCAAACAAUACGAGCUUACUCUGUCUCUCAUGAAUAACAUAAUAAAACCAUGUACGAGGAAUCUUGUCACGACGCUAACUGCUCCAAAACCUCACCUUCACGUCGACGCUUCCAUCAUAAAAACAGGCUUCAAUCCCAACACAUACCGUUCCAACUUCCUCGUCAAGUCAUUUCUCCAACGUGGCGAUUUAAACGGUGCACGUAAACUGUUUGAUGAAAUGCCCCACAAGAACAUAUUCUCCACCAAUACCAUGAUCAUGGGUUACAUUAAAUCAGGCAAUCUUUCCGAAGCUAGAACCUUGUUUGAUUCCAUGUUUCAACGCACUGCUGUUACGUGGACAAUGUUGAUCGGUGGAUAUGCUCAAAAUAAUCAAUUUCGUGAAGCCUUUGGACUUUUUAUCGAAAUGGGUAGGCAUGGGAUCGACCCGGAUCAUGUUAGUUUGGCAACUUUGUUAUCCGGGUUUACUGAGUUUGAUUCUGUUAAUGAAGUGAGACAGGUUCAUAGUCAUGUUAUCAAAUUGGGAUACGACUCGACGCUUGUUGUUUCUAACUCGUUGCUUGAUUCUUACUGUAAGACUCGCAGCCUCGGAUUAGCGUUUCAACUGUUUAAUGAUAUACCUGAGAGAGAUUCUGUUACUUUUAAUGCCUUGUUGACGGGGUACUCGAAAGAAGGGUUUAAUCGUGAAGCCAUAAACCUGUUUUUCAAGAUGCAGGAAGUGGGGUAUAGGCCGACGGAGUUUACUUUUGCAGCAAUUUUAACAGCAGGUAUACAGUUGGAUGAUAUAGAAUUUGGUCAACAAGUUCAUGGUUUUGUAGUGAAGUGUAACUUUGUUUGGAAUGUGUUUGUGGCUAAUGCUUUGCUUGAUUUUUACUCGAAGCAUGAUCGGGUUGUUGAAGCAAGUAAGCUUUUUUAUGAGAUGCCGGAGGUGGAUGGUAUCUCUUACAAUGUGCUUGUCACGUGUUAUGCGUGGAAUGGAAGAGUGAAAGAAUCUCUUGAACUAUUCAAGGAGUUACAGUUCACUGGAUUUGACAGAAGGAAUUUCCCAUUUGCUACAUUGUUAAGCAUAGCUGCAAUAUCUUUAAACCUUGAUAUAGGUAGGCAAAUUCAUUCCCAGACUAUUGUAACGGAUGCGAUUUCAGAAAUUCUCGUAGGGAAUUCUUUGGUUGACAUGUAUGCUAAAUGUGGCGAAUUUGGGGAAGCAAAUAGGAUUUUUUCAGAUCUGGCUAUUCAAAGUUCAGUUCCAUGGACAGCCAUGAUCUCAUCUUAUGUCCAGAAGGGGCUUCAUGAAGAUGGUCUAAAGCUGUUCGUUGAGAUGCAAAGAGCCAAAAUAGGUGCCGACGCAGCCACUUAUGCCAGCAUUGUAAGAGCAUGUGCUAGUUUAGCCUCAUUGACGCUAGGAAAGCAGUUACACUCGCAUAUAAUUGGAUCAGGAUACAUUUCAAAUGUAUUUUCUGGGAGUGCACUUGUUGACAUGUAUGCAAAAUGUGGAUCCAUAAAAGAUGCACUUCAAAUGUUUCAAGAGAUGCCUGUAAGAAAUUCAGUUUCCUGGAAUGCACUGAUUUCAGCUUAUGCACAAAACGGAGACGGUGACUGCACCCUUAGAUUGUUUGAAGAAAUGGUUCGUUCUGGAUUGCAGCCAGAUUCUGUUAGCCUUCUUAGCAUUCUGUGCGCUUGCAGUCACUGUGGUCUAGUUGAAGAAGGUUUACAAUACUUCGACUCCAUGACUCGAAUUUAUAAACUUGUUCCCAAGAAAGAGCAUUAUGCAUCAACCAUUGAUAUGUUAUGCCGCGGUGGAAGAUUUGAUGAGGCGGAGAAAUUGAUGGCUCAGAUGCCUUUUGAACCUGAUGAAAUAAUGUGGUCAUCAGUUCUCAACUCGUGCGGAAUCCAUAAAAAUCAAGAGUUGGCAAAGAAAGCAGCAAACCAACUAUUCAAUAUGAAGGUACUUAGAGAUGCUGCUCCAUAUGUUACCAUGUCCAAUAUCUAUGCAGCAGCUGGUGAAUGGGACAAUGUAGGAAAGGUGAAGAAAGCAAUGAGAGAAAGAGGUGUGAAAAAAGUCCCUGCUUAUAGUUGGGUUGAAAUCAAACACAAAACUCAUGUUUUCACAGCCAAUGAUAAGACUCAUCCACAGAUGAGAGAGAUAAUGAAGAAGCUUGAUGAAUUGGAAGAGAAAAUGGUGAAAAAAGGGUAUAAACCAGAUUCAAGCUGUGCCCUUCACAAUGUGGAUGAGGAAGUGAAGGUAGAGUCUCUUAAAUAUCACAGUGAACGCAUUGCCAUUGCCUUUGCGCUAAUUAGCACCCCGGAAGGGUCACCUAUACUGGUGAUGAAAAACCUGAGAGCUUGUACUGAUUGCCAUGCCGCCAUCAAGGUAAUCUCGAAGAUCGUCCGUCGAGAAAUUACGGUUAGAGAUUCAAGCAGGUUCCAUCAUUUCAGGGAUGGGUUUUGCACUUGUAGGGACUACUGGUAGCCUGUCUUUAUUCUAUCCAUAAAACCAUCCAUUUCCCUUAAAAGAGAGGUAAAACCAUGGAAAGAAUAUAGUUUCCAAUGUUAAGUCACUCAUGUAUUUAUUCUAACUCCAUUUACUCAUUCUUCCGAAGACCCGAUAAAACGAUAUAUCGUUUCAUGAAUUACAUGUAAUCGAUUCUCAAACUAAUUGAUUUUGAUUAGGCUGAAAUACAUUUUUGGUCCUAUAGUUUUAAAAACGGUUAAUUUUAGUCCUAUAUUUUCAAUUGCUCAAACUAAGUACCUCUACUUUUCAAAAGAGUGCAAUCUGGUCCAACAGUUACUACCCCGUUAAAUUUACUAACGGUACCAGUGACUUCGUUGUGAAACGAAACACGGUGGGCCUAUAAAUUUGGGAUUAUUGUAUAAUCUUCGUGUUGCUGCUCCUGAGGAAAGUCCAUUUUCUUUGACUACUUAUAGAUACUGUGAAAAUCUGUAAACUGGGAUAAAAUUGACUGUAAGGCGGUAGGAAGAAUUAAGGAGUAAAUAAUUAGUACUCUUAUAAUUAAAUGUGGCAUAGGAAGAAAGGGUCCAAUAUUUGAGAAAAUCUAUGUGUUUUGAGGCUUGUAAAGCGGCAUUUGUAAGUACAUGUAGACCGUCAAUUGGAAUAGACACAUGCUUUCUGAAAGGUGUUUACAGUGUCCAACUUUCAACAGCUGUUGGUAAGCAUGGGAAUAAUCGGAUGCUACUGAUAGCUUUUGCAGCAGUAGAAGCUGAGACCAGAGAGUCCUGGUCAUGGUUUGUAAACCUACUCAUGGAUGACUUAGGUGGAUUUCAAAAACUAAAUGGUCAUUUAUUUCAGAUCAACAGAAGUAGGGGAUAGCUACACGGGUUGUAUGAAAAUGUUGAGCACAUGAUUUGUGGAAAACACCUAUAUGGGAAUUGGAGGAAGAAAUAUCCGGGCAUAGAGAUGAAGGCGGCCUUUUGGAGGGCAGAUAGAGCAACUACAUUUCCAGAAUUCACUAGAGCUAUGGAACAUUUACAUAAAUUGAAAGUGGAUGCAUGAAAGGACAUGAUCGGAGUUCCAGCCAAGAUAUGGUCAAGAUCUGCGUAUAUUAGUCACACAAAAUGUGACCAUCUAUUCAUUAAUAUGUGAGCCAUUCAAUAAAGCUAUACUUGAGUACAGAGACAAACCAGUAAUUAACUUGAUAGAGGGGCCCUUGUUAAAAAAAAAAAAAAAAAAAAAAAAACUGGAUAGAGGGGCCGAAGUUUCAUUUACUAACCAAAUUGUUACACAGAGAGAUCUAAUGUUGAGGUAUAAAGGGAAUAUGUCCAUUGAUGCAACUACUGUUGGAGAAAGCAAAGAGAGAGGCUGAUUGAUGGAGCCCUAAUUGGGCAGGGAACAUUGCCUCGGCAUGAUUUGACGGUUCACAGAAGAAUGCUAAAUAUGUGAUAAACUUAUCUAACAGAUCAUGUAGCUGUAGGAAGUGGGAAUUAUCGGGUAUCCCGUGCUGCUAUGCUGGAUGCAAUGUGGCAUAAUAAUAACUAUGUUCCUGAAGAAUAUGCGGAAAGUUGUUACAGCAAGCAAACUUUUUUUACAACCUACUCGCAUAUCAUAAGGCCAUCCAAUGGGGCUAAAUUAUGGCCUAUAAUUUAUAUCAACCCACUGUUAAUGAGAAGAGCACUAGGUAGGCCUAAGAAAUAAAGCAAACGGUGAACCUUGUAAUCCACAUAAACUCCCAAUAUAUCAUACCGCACUUGGGUGCAAAAGGUGUGGGAGAGUAGGUCACAAUAAUAGAAUAUGUAAGGGGAAAACUGCAGCUGAUAGAGCAAUUUGCAAAGGAGGAAAUAAGGGUGGAAGUAAGGGUGCUUCUAAAAGAAAGGAACUAAAUCAAAUUGCACAACCAGAGGCAAUUUCUCAAUUUACCCAAGAUUCACAGGCAGCACCUACAUAGUCAGAGGCUAUCCAGUCAGCACAACCAUAGGAUUUUAUAUUCUUAUGAUUUAUUUUGUUGCUUAGUUUGAACAUUAAUAUUUAGUGAGUGGUGGCAAAGUAUCAGCUAUAUAUCACCACUGGUUUUGUACUUGCUGGUUUUGCAUAUGGCUAUUGAAAUGGAUUUUUGCUCAUCCAAGGAAUUGCCUAUAUACUUUUGAUGGAAGUUUGUUUUCCUUUCUGUAGCUAAUGCAAAUAAAUUUCUUA